AUGCAGUUUCGAUUUUCCACAGCCCUUCUUGGACUGGUCUCUGCGACCGCAGUGUCUGGUCAGUUCCAGGAGUUACAGCAAGAAGGACCUUUUGCCUUAAAAGUGAAGGGUCAGGCCUCGAACAGCUCAAUUAACGGCUACCUCAAGUGGUACAACCUGGGUGGAUUGACAAACCCAACCUUCAUCAGUUACGAACCAAACGCAUAUCCUACCGUCAGUGAUUCAUCAUACCAGUGGUACUUCAACUACACCGGCUUCGUGCAGUACAGAGAGCAUGAAGUGGGUUUCCUAGUCGUAAACCCGACGGCCAACACGACCACCCCAUCUCCCUACCGCGGCCAGGUUAUGGACAUGACAUACCAGUCGAACAGCAAUGUCGGCGUCCCACUGCUGGGUCUCGGCACCAAUUCCUACUUCGACGUUGGCUUCGACGACGACAACAAGGCUUUCAACACCAAGGAGUUCGACGAUGGCGCGUAUGUUCCGGGCGUGCAGCCUGAGUACGAUGAUGAUCUCGGGUACUACCACUGGGCCGUCUGCUGGCAGUUCUCCGGCAUGUACCAGCAGACUCUGUCGUGGAUCACUUAUGGCACACCUCAUAAUCCAACCUGUGAGCUCGUUGAUCUUGUCCGAGUGACACUAUAAGCAGAGCCGAUAAGGUUUGUGCAUGGAAGAUAAGAGCUUGGAGAAUUUGUAUCAUUAUUAUGUUCACGGGAAACAAAAACAUGGACGUCGGAUAACUCGAUUGGAGAGUUUCCGGUUGUGCUGAUGGAUCGAUCGGUCAGCCUAUGAUGAAAGAGCAACAUUUCUUGAAUCAGACGAAGAUGAAGGAAGGAAUAGCUCAGAUUCUCAAAUCAUGCUUGUAAAAU